CCUUAAAUCUUUGCACUCUUCUUUCCCAUUCAAAAAACCGCCGAAUCCAAAAAAAAAAAAAAAACCAAAAAAACCUAAUAAGCCAUAGCGUCUUCCAACGCACCGUGCGAGGUCCCUCGACCUCCGCACAAUCACGCACCGAUGUCUGAUCCCUACGCGCCUCCGUCUCCACCACCUUCCUUUCUCUUCCACCGUCCACCGCUGCUAAGGCAAGAAUUCUCUUCUCCUCUCCUCAAGCAGCGAUCGUGGUCGCCUGAUCUUUACCGCGACGAAGCGUGGCUUCGUCGUAAAGGAAACUGGAAGAAUCGGAGAAGUAAAAGCGUUACUGAUGAAGAUGUUGAUGAACUCAAAGCUUGCAUUGAAUUAGGUUUUGGAUUUGAAUCUUCACCGGAAGUUGAAACUGAUCGUCGUCUUGUUGAUACUUUACCUGCUCUUGAACUUUAUCAUGCUGUUAAUAAAAGUUAUAAUGAUUCUCGGAACCCUAAAUCCGCCGCCGUAACUACACCGUCUUCCUCCGCAGCCUCUGAUCGCGAUGGUACUCCUUCUCCUCUUGGUAGCCCUCGCACCGCCAUCUUCGGCAACGAUGAUGAUCCACAAACGGUGAAGACAAGGUUGAGACAGUGGGCACAGGUUGUUGCUUGUGCGGUUCGUCAAAGUUGAAUGAUUAUGCAUGAUGAUUGUUGUGAUGGCAAUGAUGAUGGAGCAUGAAUGGGUGAUUAUUGAUGAUUAACCGGAGAAAAAUCCAACCAUGGUUAUUAAUUUAACCAUACAAGUUACAAUCAUGUGUGAUAUAAAAUGACAAAAUUUCACUACCAAACAGAACCGGCCACGAGCCUUUAGUUUAACCAAACCCAGAUUGUUUUGGUACCUAAAGUAGUUGAUGUUAUUAUUGAUAUGUUAUUUGCUGUCGGUAGCUCUUGUUUUUUAGUUUUGUACUGUUCUUGUCUAAAAUGUGACUGUGGUAGAUUUUUAUGUUUUUUAUAUAGUAUAAUAUAAUAUAAGAUGCUAGAAGUACAAUACUAGUUUCGUUUUGUGUCAGAAAGAAAGACGGUGUGUUAAAAAAUGAUGCUAUGUCUAUGUGGUUGAAAAUCCCCCGCUGCUCCUUUUUGGUAUUCAUUGUGUAGGUGUGGAUGAUCAGCUUGAAAAAUCAAUGUCAAUUAUUGUGAUUUUUUUAUUUUA